CCAGAACGCAGACAAAUGGAGGGCGGAUCCAAGAAGUGACCGCGGACAACACUACCACACAUGGGGAGAAUUAGAAUUGGUACAUGGAAUGUGAAGGGCCUUGGGGAUACAGGAGGCAGGCAGAAAGGUCGACGCCUGAAACAGUGGAUUCAUGACAGGAAUUUAGACAUUGCUCUAGUACAAGAAACGAAAUUGUCGGAGGCAAAGUUAGCACAACUAACGGACUGGUGGGACGGACCACAGCUCUGGUCGCCAGCAAGGGGAUCGAAGGGGGGGACAGCCAUCCUAGUACACAGAAGGAUAGAGGCAGAGUUCCUAGACUACGAUGCAGAUCUAUGGGGGAGAUGGGUUUGGCUGAAACUACGUAUUGAAGGCAUAGUGUUGGUUGUAGCUACAGUGUAUGCCCCAAACGAACCAAAUGACAGAUUACAGUUCGUUAGGGCACUACCGUAUUGCUUACCAAGAACGGAGCACAUGGUUAUAGGCGGAGACUGGAAUCUUGUGAGCAGUCCUGGGCUGGAUUCAGAAGCAGUAGACUCUAUGCGAAGAGACAGAGAAGCUUUUUUACAAUGGAAGGAAGCAUGGGGCCUGGUGGAUAUUUUCAGAGUGUUGCACCCAAGGGAACCAGGAUUCACAUGGUUUGCCAGUACGGCAUCAGCAGCAGGUGCAAAGAGGAGACUUGAUUUCCUUCUGACAACAGGAGCCUGUACACAGAACACUCAGACAGUUAGUGAGAGUAACGCGGGCAUGUCGGACCACAAGCCUGUGAUCAUGGAGAUGAACUGGUCGCAAGGGAAUCGGAGAGGCCCAGGGCAUUUCAGACUGAACAUAGCCAAUCUGGAGGACGCAGGAUGGAUAGACUGGACGGAGAAACACUGGUAUACAUGGCAACAGACCAGGGCACACUUCGACUCCUUCGAGGAUUGGAUGGAUGCGGGGCUCAGAAUUAUCUCUCACAAGUACGAAAUUUUCUCAGGUAUCGCGGCCUACAGGAGCAACAAGGAAGAGAGGUCAAUGCUCAAAAGGAUUGAAGAAGCAGAGGCUAAUAUGCAGGGGCAUCCGAUCUCGGAGUUGGCAUGGGCAGAAGAGAGGACGCAGAGAAUGGGAGAAUGGGAGCAACUGCAGAUAGAGAAACAUGCAAGGUGGGACAUGAUUCAGAGGGAGAAGGGAAUAGUGGCAAGCGACAGAAUGUCAAAGCAAUGCUUUCAAAAACUUCUACCGAAGCGUAAUCUGACUCCCAUGAGGGAACUGCAUCACCCUCAUCUCCUAGGGAUGGAAUUGGCACAGUCAAAUGAAGCUAUGUGUGAGUAUGCGGCGACAUACUUUAAAGACAUCUUGGCCACAAGGAAGUCCUUUUGGGACUGGGAAACGGACCUGACGAAGGGGAGCAGUUUCUGGGACACCUUUACGCCACGGAUCACUGAGGAGGGGAGGAGAGACAUGGACAGGCCGGUUACGGCUGAGGAGCUCAGAGAAACGGUUAAGAGUAUGGCUGCAGGGAAGGCCCCAGGCGAUGAUGGCCUUCCAGUAGAGUUCUAUAAGGCUUGCUGGAAGACUCUUGAAAAGGAUCUGCUGCAACUGUACAACGGCAUCUUAACUGGUCAACAACUGGGGAAGACAAUGACAAAGGGCAUUAUCACGCUGUUAUACAAAAAAGGGGACCGAUCGGAGGUGCGGAACCGGCGGCCUAUCUCACUCUUAAACGUGGUGUAUAAGAUUCUGGCAAAGGCAUUAGCAAGGAGGUUAGGAAGAUACCUACCGGCUCUAGUGGGAUGGGACCAGGGCGCCUUCGUGCAAGGCCGCUCUAUCUUCGAUAACAUUUUGACGGCCGUAGAGGCGUUAGAGGUUAUUGAGGAAGAGAACACGAAUGUCUCAGUACUCAUGAUCGACCUUGAAAAGGCCUAUGAUCGCGUGAACUGGACAUUCGUGAUGACCACACUAAGAGUCAUAGGUUUUGGGGAACCAUUCUGUGGUUGGGUGAAAGCUUUGUAUGCAAUGUGCAAGCUGUCAGACACAACGCUGAAGAAGAUCAAAGCAGCGGCAAGGAGGUUUAUUUGGAAGCCACAGGCGGAUGAAAACCAGGGAUACAUCUCUAAAGUGGCGUGGGAAACCCUAUGCAAGCCAAGAGACGAAGGGGGCUUGGGGAUAACCGACCCCAACUCCCAGAACCUGGCACUACUCUCCAGUUGGCUGCUGAAGGUCGCUGAAAUGCCAGAACCACCAGACUGGUGUUUGCUGGCAGAAAAGAUCCUGCUGCAGGAAUGGGGGCUGUCUAGAACUUCGGAUGUCUGGGUAGCAAUCAUGAUGGACUCCUUCGUGAAUAAAAGAAUUAAGUCCAAAUUCUGGAGUAGCAUGCUGUCAGCAUGGAAGAAGGUAAAACCAGACAUAUUCGUAGAACCGAAAUCCAAAGAUGAGGUUAAGAGGCAGCCGCUGUUUGAUAACCCCCAUAUCAAGAGUGUGGACAACAGGCCCUUUUUGGCGACAGCCGCUCCAGGUAACUUCGGGAUGAAAUGGACCCAGAGAGGUGUUUCUCAAAUCGGAGAUCUGUGGGACGACCUCACCGGUCAAUGGUAUCCGCACAGUCACUUGAGAGGGAAGCUGAGGCAACUACCACAGCAGGAAGAGAGACUGAGGGCGCUAAUUGCUGCCAUUCCGAACAGUUGGAAAAUGCUGCUGGGCCCACAGGGUGUAAACCCAACGGACACUUGGUUCAAAUCAACAGCAGAGGAGGAAGGUGCUUGCUUUUAUAGGUUAAGUAGUUGGCAAGAUGAUGAAUCGGGGAAAUGUGAAUUAGAGGAGUAUAGAAGAGCUACAGAGCAUGGCGAUAUCUUGGCUUUAUAUCAGACUAUAUCGAGAUGGGGUUCGCAGGGCUUAGAGGAAAUUCGUGUUCGGGCGGUGAGAUUGCAGGGAAGGGGUGAGCCCUCAGUUUACAAGUUGAUAGCCGGGGGUCUAGCGAAGAGACUGCUCAAAAUCGAUCCAUUGGAAUGGGGCUGGCAGGUCGGAACAGAGAGUAUCCUGGAUCUCUCAAACCUGUCUGGGGAUCUAGUGUCCACCAAGAUGACAAAAGGAGAAGAUCUGAAGACGAAAGUGAUAAAUCGAUGGGAGACAGCACAACCCUGUAUACAACAACCGUCGGAGAGGGAACUGAAGAGACUUUGGGAACAGCUGGCCAAGAUCCCCUCUCAGAGACUCGCAUCUCUCCUGUGGCUACAGUCGCAACUAUCGGUUCCUACAUCAAAGUGGCUGAGCAACAGGGGAAUGGAAGGAAGGUUAGAAUGUGACAGGUGUAGCUGGCCAGUCGAAAUUAUGACCCACUUAUGGUGGGCCUGCCCCCGCUCACAGAAAUGGUGGACCUGGUGGUUCAGGCACUGGGCUAAACUGUCUGGAACGAGCUAUGCACAGGAUGAGCGGUGGGUAUUACUAGGAACUCUCCCUGAAGGUAUCUCCAGCAGUAAAGGUUGGGGGUACAUUGCUCAAGUUUGCAGAGUGGCGUUAAUGUGGGUAAUAUGGAUGGACAGAAACGGAAGAAGGUUCCAGGGGCAGGGACUGCAAGAGAAACAGGCGGAGAGGAUGUUUAGAACGACCCUGAAGUUGGAGAUUAGAGCAGACUGGAGGAGAAAAGUGCUGAAGGGGAGCUACGAAUCAGGGAGGUUGUGGUUUGCAGAAACAUGGGCGAGACCGGGAGGACUAGCUACGAUAACGGAUAGGAAGCUUAAGACUUCGCCGUGGCUCGAUUAGGAAUAGGGGUAGGAUGUAGAAAGAACCAGGUGCACUUGGUUCCUGUGGGCGGCCACUGUAGACCGCG